AUGGCGCAUCGUAUCAUCAGUCAGGUCGUCUUGACCGGCGCAAGAGUAUUCGGGAGAGCGUUCGCAGAGGCAUAUAAGCAAGCCUCAGCAUCACAAAAAUACGCAGCAUCGCAAGCUGGCAACCCGACAGCGGCGAAUACCCUCUCCUCCUCAGGCCUCACCUUAUCCGAAGCCUGCCAGAUUCUGAACGUCUCACCACCUAAAUCUGGGCAGGCAGACGUCCAGAAGAUCCACGCGCAGUUCAAGCGCCUAUUCGACAUGAACGACCCGAAGAAAGGAGGAUCGUUCUAUCUACAAAGUAAAGUGUUACGAGCGCGAGAACGGAUAGAGCUGGAGGUACGUGAAGCACAGGCAGCUAAAGAGCGGGAGGAAGAGAUACGGCAUGGCUGGAGGCCGAAGCUAUACAGGGAUUGA